UCGAUUCUCGAUUCGUUACAUGUAACUUCAUGCGGCAACAGAUAUGGGGCACUGCUCCGUGAAUAACCUCGCAGCAUUGGAACAUUGGAACAUCGCAACUCGUACAAAUUGGAAUAUAUAAAAAAAUCUUUAGAAGAUUUAUUCUAAUUUUUCUGAGAAUUCAAUCGUACGAUUCAUCACGGCAACAGCAUACCACUUAUUCGGCUACGAACGAUUUUGCUUUUGCGAAACCGUUCGUAAAUUUGCACCUUGACCCGAAGACGUGUCGAUAUUUUGUGUCAUCGGAACCAAGAAGAAUAAAUUUCUUUCGAAGGCUGUAAGGAUAAGUGCAUAACAAUCGUUUAGACUUACAGCAGCGAUUGACGAUAAUUUUUAUUAAUCUGCGAUCUGGGGGCGCACGACGACUUGUAUUGCGUGAACGAUGACAGGACCCAACUUUACAUGAGGUUAGAUUAGGUCGUUUAGAAUAUUGUUCCAUGUUCAUCUUGUGUAGAACGCUUCUUUAACGGUCUCCAUUUAUAUUUCCAUUUCGUCCCGUUGACGAAAUCUCGCCAAUUGGCGACCGGUCAAAUGGAGACGCACGAGAACGAGCAGUUCGUGACGUUUCCUCUCGCUGACGUGCACGAUGCCAUACAGGAGAACAUGAUAUCUCAUGAAGAAAUAUGCGAGCCCAGCGUCGACGAUUGCGUCCUCCAAGAAGACCUUGUGGAGGUCUCAGUGGGCAAUGUCAGUGCCGACUUAACGGAGCCACAAAGCGAGAUACUUGCAGAGCAGUCAGAUGCAGAAGAUGACAAUCAAGUUGUGUAUCCAAUGUAUAUCAAACAAGAGGAACAACAGCAGUACACAUCAGGUGACGACGAGUCCAUGGCAGUGGAGGCCCUACGUCAAUUGGGUGGUAUGUAUCCCUGCUUCGAGAACAAGAAGAUCAGCUGCCCCACAUGUAAGAAUCUCUUCAAUCAGGAUGAGUUAGCCAAGCAUCAAUCUACAUGCACUACUCCUAAGUUAUCCUGCACUACUUGCGGUGAGAGCUUCGAGAGAAAGAUAGAUCUGAACAACCAUAUGGUCUGUCAUCAGGUGGAUCGUCCUCAUGCAUGUAGAACAUGUGGCAAUUUGUUCCGUUCUAAGAGUAGCUUACAGUCACACAUGCAGCAGGUGCACCAGGCUGAGCGACUGCACAAGUGCACGAUUUGUGGCUCUGACUUCCAAAGACCCUCCAGCCUGUCUAAUCACAUGAAGAUACAUACCUACAUCGCGGGACGCGCGGUCAUGCAGUCGCAAAGUAGCAACAUGUCACAGUCUGCUCAAGAAUCAUUCCGGAAGUGGCCAGACACGGACACGUCCGAUUCGCAGAACGCUUCCCAGGUGCCGACGGUGCAUUCUGUACAGAAUUACGAUGUGUGUCAAGUACAGUGGCCGGUGUCGUACAAUUUUCAGGGCGAGCAGUCGACUGUCACCACGAUGGCGAAUCACCAGGAGAAGAUAGACGCGCUGCAGGAGUUCACGGUGAUGUCUAACGGCGAGGUGGCGCAGUUCGAGUACACGGAACAGAACAGCAUCGGCAACGCGGUCAGCGGUCAGCAAUACAAUCUGACGUUGAACUCGUUUGACGGCCACGACCGGGUGGUGAAGGUCGAGACACUCUCGACCUACGACGAUAACAGAAGGAACUACGUGGAGAUCGAGACGAACAACGGCAAGCAGCAACCACAACAGCAGCAGUACAUAUGCAAACACUGUGGUGUUGUGUUGGCACGUGCGACAGCAUUAGCGUCUCACGAGAAGAUCCACCAUACUACCAAGAACUGGAAUAUGCCGAUCGAGUGCGAAUACUGUGACAAGCAGUUCCAAGACGGCAAUCACCUGGCGACUCACCAGACUACCUGCGCCAAGAAGAUCAUGCGGAACAACCUCGAACAAGGUGUGGCCAAUAACAAGUGGGGAAAGCACGCUUGCUCCGAUUGCGGCAAGAAGUUCACGACGAAACAGAAGAUGUUCCGCCACCAAUGGAUCCAUAGGAAGAAGACGCAUUCGUGCGAGGUAUGCGGCACGCAGUUCGAGAAGCAGUCCCAGCUGGACGAGCACCGGCUGUCGGCGCAUCCCGCCGACACGCCGCACACUUGCACGGAGUGCGGCAAGAGUUUCGUGUCUCGUCAAGGUCUCUGGGAGCAUGGGAGAACUCACGUAGGUAGCCCGGCGCAUUUUCAAUGUGACAAAUGCUUGAAGACGUUCUCCUCCCGCCAGGGAUAUCUGAUACACAACCGCACGCACACGGGUGAACGGCCAUACGGCUGCAAGUUUUGCUGGAAGUCCUUUCGGGACGGCGGGACUCUUAGAAAACAUGAGCGGAUCCACACUGGCGAGAGGCCGCACGUGUGCCCGUUAUGCUCACGGGCGUUCAACCAGAAGGUAGUGCUUCGUGAGCACGUGCGCUGGGUGCAUGCAGCGGGUAAGAACGAGACCGAGGAUCUCGAGCCGCCGUUUAGCUGCACGCUGUGCGGCGUCAUGAAUCAGGACCGCGACGAGCUCUGCGCACACAUUGUCAAGCAUUCCGAUCAGAUGAUAGCCGAGGCCAAGGCGAAGUGUGUCAACCACCCGAAGCCAAAGUUGCCCAGGAAGAAGACUAGGACCAAAGCCAAGUCGUCGUCGUCUUCGUCGACGUCGUCGCGUGUUAAGACGCCGAACAAGCGUGAUCCAUUGAACCACUUCAUCUCGAAGACGGAGCAAAAUGAAGCCUUGCAAUCAAUCACGGACAACGCGGACAAAUCGAGCGAUCUGCAUGUGAUGAACGAGAAGCCGGAGAACGCUUUCGUCGUAGUAACUACGGAAAAGCGCAAUGACGGCUUCAUCGCGAUAUCCGAAUUUAAGCAUAGCAACAUACGGUUCAUAGUGGAGGGCAAGCAGGACGACAACAUCCACGUGCUCCACGUGGAUCAGAAUCACCGGGGAUCCCUCAACGUGAUCGCCACGCCGGAGUGCAGCGAUGCGACGCAGUCGGUGAUGUCGGUGGAAGAGCCCGCGAGUGGUGUACUUGAUGAGGCAAUUGGACGUGACGACAUGACGGCGAUGCACCUCAUCCAGACGUCUCCCAGUGGACAGAACACCCUGAACAUAAUAUCGAAGCAGAACGAGUCGUUGCCGGUUCUGGCGAUACCGAAUCCAGAGAGCCACAGCGAUUACUCCAGCCAAAUCGUGCAGGACGAGCAGAAUCGCUUGAUGCAGGAUGAAGCCUCGCAGACGGACAUUCAGCUCGAGGAGUACCAGAGUGACGACGUUGGUGACUUUGGCUGCGAGAUCUGUGGAGAGGAGUUCGACGAGAAAGACGCGCUGAAGGAACACAUCAAGAUUCACAUAUAAUUAUCGUCUGCCACUCUGUCCAGGUUUUUGGAUACUUCGCAUGCUAAUUGUUCUGGAACGUGUAGACUGUAACGAAAGUAACGCACAAUGAAUGCAAUAAUCCCUUACUGCCAGUGACCUUAAAUCGCAUGGGAUUCACCUAUAGGAACAUUUCCGACUAGUCUAUAUACUUUCUGAAGUGUUUUAGGCUAGUCUCUAGGAAUGAAAAGCGAGGUGGCAGAGAUGCAGCAGUAUAGAACGAAGUUUUGCUGUCGUAAAAUUAUAACUGUACAUAAUGUGUAAGAUAGAUAUAUUUAUUGAAUCAAGAGAUAGGCUAAGUAUAAAUUGAAUAAUUUUACUUAUAUCUUUUAUCUUUUAGUCUUGACUUUUACUUAAAAUGUGUAUCUGUCUUAUUCGUUUUUCUCUUUUUUCGUAGGGUGCAAUUAUUUGACGAUUUAUCAAUUCGUGAAAACACAGGGGAAAAUUCUUUUUUAUGUUUAAUUAUAAAAUAAACAGGAAAUUUAAUUUGUUAGUAUAUGGUUCAUCGUGACUGAUAGGAGAACUAAUUUUUGUAUUUCUACA